AUGUGCGUACGGCAUACGCAAGAAAAUCCUACUCCCAUUGAUAUCCCAAUUCAUUAUCACUCUGUUCUUUAUGAUGGGACAUUUCUCGCCAACUCGACCUCCGCCUUCCGCCUUCCCCCCUCUCCAGAGGUGGACGAAGCAUGGGAAGGUCUUGGUACCACUUCAAAACCGCUCAUACUGUCCAAAUCUCAGGCAGAACGUGCUGGAAUCAGUUCCGACCAUCUCAAAACCCCAUCGGGGGACUUCCCAGUUCUCUUCGAGUUCAAUCACCACUUGCACUGCCUCAAUCUGAUCCGCAAAUCCGUCUAUUUCAAUUACAAUUACUACUCAGACCCCGACUACCCCGGGCACCACCUUGGAAAAGAUGAGGAGACAAUUGCCAAACAUGUCACACACUGCAUCGACAUGCUACGGCAGGUCAUCCAGUGUAAGCCGGAUUUAGGCGUUUUCGGACAGUAUUGGGUAAAAGACCCGGCUCAGGGCAUAGAUGGUUCUUUCGUGGAUUUCAACACGAACCACAAGUGCAUCGACUGGGAACCAGUAAGAGAGUGGGUUCAUGCACACCAAAGUCUCGAGGACAUGGUGGUGGAAUUGCAAGAGGGUGAUAAGAUCCUAGAUAUCGCGCCUUAG